GCGUAUGAGGGGGAGGGAGAGGGAGGCUCGUGCUUGCUGGAUUGGUGCAGCCGCAGACAGAAUUGGCGCCAUUUUGAAGCGGACAGCAGCAGCAGCAGCAGCAGCGGAGUCUCACAGAUUCACACAGUGGAGACAGAACUGAGUGCAGCCGUUUAUCAGGACCAGAACACACUAACUGGAGAGCAUGGCUCACUCCAAGAAUCGAGCCACAGAUGGCAAGAUCACCUACCCGCCGGGGGUGAAGGAGAUCUCUGAUAAAAUCUCAAAGGAGGAGAUGGUGCGGAGGCUUAAGAUGGUGGUGAAGACAUUUAUGGACAUGGACCAGGACUCUGAGGAGGAGAAGGAACUGUACCUGAAUCUUGCCCUGCACCUGGCCUCAGAUUUCUUUUUAAAGCACCCAGAUAAAGAUGUCAGACUUCUGGUGGCCUGUUGUCUGGCCGAUAUUUUCCGCAUUUAUGCACCAGAGGCGCCCUACACAUCACCAGAAAAGUUGAAGGAUAUCUUCAUGUUCAUAACUCGACAACUAAAAGGAUUGGAGGACACUAAAAGCGCUCAGUUCAAUCGAUAUUUCUACUUACUGGAGAAUAUCGCCUGGGUAAAAUCUUACAACAUCUGCUUUGAAUUGGAGGACAGCAAUGAAAUAUUUACUCAACUGUACAGAACGCUGUUCCAAGUAAUCAACAAUGGGCACAAUCAAAAGGUGCACAUGCACAUGGUGGACCUGAUGAGCUCGAUCGUCUGUGAGGGAGACUCAGUCUCUCAAGAACUUCUGGACACCGUCCUAGUCAACUUGGUUCCAGCACACAAGAAUCUGAACAAACAAGCGUAUGACCUGGCCAAAGCUUUGCUGAAGAGAACUGCACAGGCCAUCGAGCCCUACAUAACGAAUUUCUUUAAUCAGGUGCUGAUGCUGGGGAAGACGUCCGUAAGUGACCUGUCAGAGCACGUGUUUGAUUUAAUCCUGGAGCUCUACAACAUCGACAGCCAUCUACUCCUGUCUGUUCUGCCUCAGCUUGAGUUCAAACUGAAGAGCAACGAUAAUGAUGAACGCCUUCAAGUUGUGAAGCUGCUGGCAAAGAUGUUUGGGGCAAAGGAUUCAGAGCUCGCCUCCCAGAACAAACCUCUCUGGCAGUGCUACCUUGGAAGGUUUAACGAUAUCCAUGUUCCUAUUCGACUGGAGUGUGUGAAGUUUGCCAGCCAUUGCCUGAUGAAUCAUCCUGACUUGGCUAAAGAUCUCACAGAGUUCCUGAAAGUGCGGUCCCACGAUCCAGAGGAAGCCAUUCGACAUGAUGUCAUCGUUUCCAUAGUGACCGCUUCCAAAAAGGACCUUUCACUCGUCAACGAUCAAUUGCUGAACUUUGUCCGAGAGAGGACGCUCGACAAGAGGUGGAGGGUGAGAAAAGAAGCAAUGAUGGGCCUCGCACAGAUUUAUAAGAAAUAUUCGCUGCAGGCAGAAGCCGGGAAGGAAGCAUCCAAGCAGGUUGCCUGGAUCAAAGAUAAACUGCUGCACAUCUACUACCAAAACAGCAUAGAUGACCGGUUGCUUGUGGAGAGAAUCUUUGCUCAGUACAUGGUUCCUCAUAAUCUCGAGACUACAGAACGGAUGAAGUGUUUGUAUUAUCUGUAUGCUACGCUGGAUACUAAUGCAGUAAAAGCUCUAAAUGAGAUGUGGAAGUGCCAGAACAUGUUGAGAAACCAUGUGAAAGAUCUGCUGGAUUUGGUCAAACAGCCAAAAUCGGACAAUUACAACAAAGCAGUCUUCUCAAAGGUCAUGGUCAUCACAAGGCAUCUGCCAGAUCCAGGCAAGGCACAAGACUUUGUGAAGAAGCUGGCACAGGUUCUGGAAGAGGAUGACAAAAUCAGGAAGCAGCUGGAGACGCUCGUCAGCCCCACCUGCUCCUGCAAGCAGGCUGAAGUCUGUGUGAAAGACAUCACUAAAAAGCUGGGCAGCCCCAAGCAGCCCAGUAACCCCUUUCUAGAGAUGGUGAAGUUCUUACUGGAGAGGAUCGCUCCUGUUCAUAUCGACACAGAGUCUAUCAGUGCACUUAUCAAACAAGUAAACAAGUCAAUAGAGGGAACGGCAGAUGACGACGACGAAGGUGUGCCUACCGAGCAAGCUAUCAGAGCUGGUCUGGAGCUCCUGAAGGUUUUGUCCUUCACCCACCCUAUUUCCUUUCACUCGGCUGAGACGUUUGAGUCUCUUCUUGGCUGCUUGAAAAUGGACGAUGAGAAAGUGGCUGAGGCUGCACUGCAGAUCUUCAAAAACACUGGUGGAAAACUAGAAGAGAGCUUUCCACACAUCAAGUCGGUUCUUUUACCAGUUCUGCAGCAGAAAGCCAAAAAGGGCCCUCCCCGGCAGGCCAAGUAUGCCAUCCGUUGCAUCCAUGCCAUGUUCUCCAAUAGAGACACCCACUUUGCACAGAUUUUUGAGCCUCUGCAUAAAAGUCUGGACACUGACAACAUGGAGCAGCUAAUUACUCCCCUCACUACGCUCGGCCACCUGGCUAUGCUGGCGCCUGAGCAGUUUGCAGGACCUCUCAAGUCCUUGGUGGCCAAUUUUAUCGUCAAAGAUCUUCUAAUGAAUGACCGAAUGCCUGGCAAGAAAACCACAAAGCUUUGGGUUCCAGAUGAUGAAGUUUCCCCUGAAACACUGACUAAGAUCCAGGGCAUUAAGUUAAUGGUACGGUGGCUGCUUGGGGUGAAGAAUAACCAGAGCAAGUCUGGGAACUCAACACUGAGGAUGCUAACUGCUAUACUGAACAGUGAUGGUGACCUGACAGAACAGGGCAGGAUGGGGAAGCCUGACAUGUCACGUCUGCGCCUGGCUGCUGGCUGUGCCAUUCUGCGUCUGGCUCAAGAGCCGUGCUACCAUGAGAUCAUCACCCUGGAGCAGUACCAGCUUUGUGCUCUUGUCAUCAAUGAUGAGUGUUACCAGGUGCGCCAGGCCUUUGCUCAGAAGCUGCACAAGGGCCUGUGCCGACUGCGGUUGCCGCUGGAGUAUCUAGCUGUGUUUGCUCUGUGUGCUAAAGACCCAGUGAAGGAGCGCAGGGCUCACGCUCGGCAGUGCCUGGUCAAAAACAUCAACCUGCGCAGAGAAUACCUGAAGCAACAUGCUGCAGUUAGUGAAAAGCUGAUCUCUCUCCUGCCUGAAUACGUGGUGCCGUACACCAUCCAUCUGCUGGCGCAUGACCCGGACUACGUCAAAGUACAAGACAUCGAGCAGCUCAAAGACAUCAAAGAGGCCUUAUGGUUUAUUCUGGAGAUCCUGAUGUCCAAAAAUGAAAACAACAGUCACGCUUUUAUUAGAAAAAUGGUAGAGAACAUCAAACAGACAAAGGACGGCCAGUGUCCUGAUGAUGCCAAAAUGAAUGAGAAACUGUACACGGUCUGUGAUGUGGCCAUGAACAUCGUCAUCUCCAAAAGCACCACAUACAGUCUGGAGUCACCGAAAGACCCUGUACUGCCAUCACGCUACUUUACCCAACCUGACAAGAACUUCAGCAACACGAAAAAUUAUCUUCCUUCUGAGAUGAAGACAUUGUUUACCCCUGGAAAGCCUAAAUCAGCUAAUGUAUUGGGUGCUGUGAACAAACCAUUAUCAGCUACAGGCAAACUGCAGACUAAGCUCUCGCGCAUGGAGACCAUUAGCAAUGCCAGCAGCAAUUCCAACCCUAGUUCGCCUGGUCGCAGUAAAGGAAGAUUGGACUCUGGGGACGUAGACCACAGUGAGAACGAGGACAUCUCAAUAAAAAGCCCAUCUGAAGUAGAGAAGCCCACCAGAGGGCGCAAGCGAGGGGCAGCCUCAAACCAGGAGGACAAGGCCCCAGAGUCAAAGGCCAAACGUGGUCGUAAGAAAGCCAACACCAGCAUGGAGGAGUCUGAGGAACAGUGGGGGGAGGACAGCAGCAUGGUCGACACCACCAUGGAAAUGGAGGAUGAGCAGAACAGCCCACCCAAAAGGGGGCGACGUGGACGGCCUCCCAAAUCCGCAUCCAACAAGGAUGAGACUCCCAGCAAGGGCAGGAGAGGACGCAGGAAGGCAGCACCCCCUCCAGAGGAGGAAGAGGAAGAAAACGAUGCAGAGCAAGGGGCUGAGGGAGAGGACGAGGAGGAAGAUGCAGGCAGUGAGAAUAUCGAAGUAAAGCCUAAAGGCAGACGAGGUCGCAAGCCAAGAGCGGAGGUGUCAGAAGCCGCCAAGGAUUCAGUUGAGUCCACGCCACAGAAAAGAAGAGGGCGACCUCCAAAAUCACAAACGGCAGCUAAAAAAACAGGUGGUGGAAGAACCAAGGCAGCAGUUAGUCAGGAGGAGUCCGAAGAGGAGAUGGAGAUGUCGCAUCAUAGUGAAGAGGAAGCAGAAGAGGAGCAAGACCUCUCACCUAAAGUGCGACGGAAAGCUGGUAGACGGGAUCGAAGAUGAGCAAACUGAAAUACUUAAACCAGAAAGAUUUCAUGAUGUCAGAGCUUAAAGCCCUGCAACACACAGGAGGAAAUUUGUAAAGUGUUUGGACUUUUUGGAGCCAUGCAUCUGCUUUGGCUGUAUUUUGCUGUCAUUUCUGUUGUAUGUUUUGCUGUGCUGCGCCACACUGACCCGUGCUUUUGUUUCUGCAUUGUUGUGUGUGUGCAUACCAUGUGAAGAUCUUGACAUACAAAAAAAAAUGUAAAUAGUUCUUGUUCUGUCACCCCGUCCUUAAACCCCCACCCCAGUUUUAGGGAGAAAACUGUAUAGCUCUUACUAUUGCAGCUUUAAUGAUACUGCAUCAGCUGAUGUGUCCAAGUAUUAAAGAAAAAACAAAUUGGAAUUUUAAGCAGUACUUUAUCUGUCCAGUGUGUUUGUCAUUCUGUACUGAGCGACUAACUUUUGUAGUUCCAUUUUUUAUUUAUGUCAUUUUACUCUUUCCUUUUUUUAAGCCCCUCUCAUUGUGAACUUCUUGUGUGCAUACAUUUGUGAAUGUGCAAACAUGCCUCAGCAGAAAGAAAAACCCCGAAAAACUGGUAUGAAGAUAAAAAUCACGUAUUUGUAAAUGUUUCAUGCCCGGUAUUGUUUUUAUCAGUGUUUAGGACAGGAAAAGUCUAGUACAGGUUGUUCAUUUUAAUAUUGGCAAUGUGUUGCAAAACAGUGAACAGAAAUAAAAUCCCCUGAAUCA